AUGGGCUAUGUUGGUUGGGUAGGCACUUUCCAGGGCCAGAAAGGCGAUCCUCGACGACUGGUCUUUGAAAGCGAGCUGGUCAAGGAACUCCGUUCUGCGGGUGCUGUGCUUCACUGCAAGACUAGCGUCCCCGCAACUCUAAUGUGUCCUCAGACGGCCAACAAUAUCAUUGACUACACUUGGAACCCGAAGAAUCGCCAUCUAUCUUCUGGGGGAAGCUCUGGGGGAGAAGGCGCCCUCAUAAUACUGAGGGGGUCUGCGGGCGGGUUUGGCACUGAUAUUGGCGGGAGUGUGCGGGUCCCAGCUGCCUUUAACGGUCUUUAUGGUAUCAGGCCGUCAGCUGGCAGAAUUCCCUACGAAGGCGCGGCUAAUUCGAUGGAUGGCCAAAACUCAAUCACCUCUGUUGUCGGUCCUCUCGCCACUACCCCUGGUGGGUUGAAGCUCUUGUUUAAGUCUGUACUCAGUCAAAAGCCGUGGCUUCAUGAUCCAUUGGCGAUUGAGUUGCCAUGGCGGGAUGAGGCAGAGCAGGAAGUAUUGGAUCUCAUUAAGAGUUCUGCUGCGGGGAAAGGCCAGCUUUCGUUCGGCAUCAUGAGCUCAGAUGACUAUAUUCAGCCGGUUAUCGAGUGGAAACCACCGUCUCAUCAAAAAGCCCUGGAAUUAGCGCUCGCCAUUUAUACUCUCGACGGCGGUGCCGAUGCACAUUAUCAAUUUAACUUAUCAGGUGAACCCCCCAUGCCCGAACUCGAUAUCUUUUUAAAGGAAUCCCCAGGCCCGCAAAUGAACGCCCAGCAAAUCGCCGCGAUCAACGUCGCCAAGCGGGAAUAUCAGAAGGAGUACCUGGAAUACUGGAAUAGUACUUCGGAGUUGACGGGAACGGGCCGGCCUGUUGAUGGCUUUUUCUGCCCUGUUGCCCCAUUCCCCGCAGCACAAAGGGGUAAAGCCAAUUAUGCUGGCUAUACCGUCUUCGUGAAUUUGCUGGAUUACGGCUCGAUCGUUAUCCCGGUAACUAUUGCUGAUAAAACGGUGGAUACCGUCGACGCUGGCUAUGAUCCAUUGAAUGAUAUGGAUAAGGCGAUUCAUGAUGAAUAUGACGCGGAUAUUUACGAUGGCGCUCACGUCGGUCUGCAACUUGUUGGGAGGCGAUUCCAGGAAGAGAGAUUGAUUGCACUCGCAGAAUAUGCGGGACAUGCAGUCAGAACAGCAUAG